AUGCUACCAGAAUCACAGAUCUCAAGAGAUAUACACAGUAUUGAGGAUGGGAAGUCGUCGCGGCGGUCGAAGCUUCCAUCGGAGCUGUCAUUCGAACAAGUGGUCAAGAACACGGCAGCACCGCCAUGCUCUCUUGGCGAGUUCAUGGACUUUCUCGUCUAUAAAGAUCUGAACCCCGAACUACUACAAUUUUUCAUCUGGUACUGCGACUACAUCGAGCGAUGGAGCGAACUGUCACCCCAGCAAAAGUCAUUAUCGCCCGCGUGGGAGCCAGCCAGUCAACGAGGGCAGAAAGGGCCUGCCGCACAGACUCACAGACGAGAUGGAAGUGACAGACUGAACCAGAUAUUGAACAUCAUGGAGGUUGUGAACGCCAGAAAACACCCAAACUGGUCGCUAGGGGGGAGAAGCGAAACAAGAGUCGACUCUGGGACGCCGAGCAAGUCAUCCAGUAUAUUGAGUGUCCCCGCCGCUGCUGCUCGGAAGGCAGCUCCAUAUGCUACCAAACAAGACGCUCAACGAGAAACGCACAUCGCAAUGCCUCUGAAUUCUAAUCCUAUCGACGAACAGCCUACAGAUCAAAGACAGCCGUUCCGCGACGAGGUGAACAUGAUCAUUAAACAAUACAUCACGGAUAAGGCGCCCAGACGCCUGAAGAUAUCAGACGAGGACCUGGCGGCAUGCCAAAAGGCUGCAAGCUUGACCACACAUCCGUCUGCUUUACUGCGCGCCUUCACCGCGGCAGAAGACCUUUUGAAGUCUGACUGUUACCCACGUUUUGUUCAUAACAGCCAGCGAAACGCCAACAAGUCGCGUCUUGUAUUUAUUCGAGUUAUUGCCUUCACCGUUACAAUGAUCGGCUUCCUGGCCAACCAGGUACUCGUCCUGUCCAGCCUCUCCCAAUUCUAUCGCGUGCUCAGCAUAAUACUCUGGUGGCCCGGCUUCACCACCCUAAUAGCAGCAAUACAAGGGCUGUGCCUCAUUCUACAACUAAGGAGCCUCCGCCAACUACGACCCUGGGAACAAGAGCAGCUGCUCGAAGACGAUGACGCAGAUGGUCACGCUCAUGAGCUUAACUCGGCAGCUGAGGUUACGACGCACAUCAGCUCGGACAAUGAAAAACGGAGGUCGAAGCAGCCGGCACACGGAAUGGCGAUCCGAGUCACGAGCCGGCUGUCGUCGAGCCGCAACGACGACCCGCUGCGCAAGCCGAGCAUGCAGACGUUCGGCCCGGCGAACAAGUACAGGAGGAGGGCAUUCGUGAAGGCGUACCAGUCUAAGCCGAUGGUCCGCAAGAUCUGGGACGACGCCGUCAAGACGCGGAACAGGAACAUCAAGAUGCUGCAGGACCGGACGCUUUUCCUUUCGAUAUGCUGGGGCGGUGCGAUAUCGUCGGUCCUUACUGUGGUAUCUCUUUUCAUUCCGGUGAUGAAGGUCUUGUGA